AUGAUUCUCUCGAAAGCCCCUUUCAUGGAGACCCGCGACUGCCAGGUUUGCAAUUCCAUGGACCCUAUAACCCUUCACAAUAUCCCUCACCGAGGUGCAUUUGCCUUGCUUUGUACAGCCUGCGUGCUCCGCCACAAUCCCGGCAGUUUCUGCCCUCUCUGCUUUGAUGUCUACGACGAUACCGCCAACAACAAGCGCCCCGCCGCUCACUCCCAUAUCGUGUGCCUCCGUUGCCCCGCAGUGGUCCACGCCGCUUGUCUCCCUUCCACGCGGUCAUUUCCGAGUUUCCGAUACCUCUGUCCGCAGUGCUCCUUUCCCUCUUCCCCUUUCUUCAAUUUCGGGCGUUCUAAUGCUGGCAGCACGACUGUUUUUACUCGGGAUUUGGCCAAACAAUUGCUAUGUGCUGCCAAGAUCGCUUCUGUGGCUAUGCACCAGGCGGCAGCUGUUGCGAGAACUGUCGCCGAGCAGAAAGUCAGAGAAGCCUUGCUGGCAAGGCAAAGAGCCAAGGAAGCUAUUGAGAGGGUCGCCCAUUUGAUGGCCGAUCAACAGAGAGAGGAUGAGUCCGAUGUGGAUGACGGAUCAUCUGGGAAUCUUGGAGGAACUUCAUCAAAUUGGGGUGAAACUGAGGGCAGUCCUUGGUUGAUAAAAAUGACAGCAAUAAGGAUUAUAGCUUCAGAAUUUCAGAAAAUGGCAUUCAUUACUGCUAAAGUAUUCAACAUUGUUCAAGAUCUCUCUGGCUGGACUCCAAGAAAAUGUCUCUAA